ACAUAACACUUUAUCAUGUAAAAAAUUUUAAUCAGUACAAAUUAUUUUGUUGAAGUGAACGACCACAGUCUCCAGUGAUCUAAUCGUCAAAAAUGAAGUUCAUUUAUUUUCUUUUAUUAAUUGUGAUUCUGGCCCUUUCCUACUGCGAAGCUAGGGAACCAAGAUGUCUGCAACCCACGGACCCAGGAAUUUGUUAUGGACAUGUGCCUAAGUAUGCCUUCAACAACGAGGCUGAAAGAUGCGAACAGUUUAUCUACGGAGGUUGUAUGGGAAAUGACAACCGUUUCGAUACGUUAGAAGCUUGUCAAGCGGCCUGCUAGGUAGAAGACAACUUUUAUUUGUAACCUCGUCUCAUAUAGGUACAUAGACAAAUAAUAAUGAAUUAAAAUUUUCAUUUUUAAA